CCGUGGGACAGAAGCAGGAUCUCCUUCCUGCCCUGUGGGGCCCGUGAACAAAGAAGCUCACAGCAGCCUACAGGAAACCAUAAAGCCCUGCAUGAAAGCGGAUGUGUGAUACCUGUGCUUUGUGCCUCACAGACUAAACUUUUGAAGCAAGUGAAAUGCUCCAUCUUUCCCUACCUACCUACAUGGGAGAGAGAAAGAAGAACAAAAGGCAGAGUGGAUCUGGGAGCAGAGCAGCCAGUUAACUCAGGACCGUCCUCUCUCAACUAUGGUGUGGACUCAGGUGGAAGCUCUCAAAUCUCUCUGCCACUGGAGUUUAUAAACCUUUAGGAGCUGUCCUGUCUUGAGGAGAUGCUUCCAGGCCGGCAGCUGUUGGAAGGGCUUAACCAUGCCCGGACCAAGCUAUUGCUGGAUCCUCCUGACCAUGUCCUGCUACAAGCCCUCUACAGCUACCAGUAUAAAUCUGAGGAUGGGAAGCAGGUGACUAUCACAGAAGGGGAGCUUUUCCAGCUGAUGCGCAAGGCUAAUGAAGACUGGUGGCAAGUGCGCCGGCUCAGUCAGCCCAAGCAGAAACGCCCCCUCUUUGUGCCAGCCACCUAUGUGGCUGAAGUGUCUCCAGCCACAAGUGCAGCUACACAACAGAAGAGCAUUCUGUAUCCUGACAUUGAUACAGAGCAGGAUGGUAAGACAGCACACUUGGAAAUGGUAUCUUGUUCUCUGGAGGACCUCUAUGCACAGUCCCAGCCACCAUCUUUCCACAUGGGGCUCAAGGCCUGCCACAGCCACCCUUCACCCAGGAUGGGAUCUCAUCCACUGCCUCUUGGCCGGAGACACAGCAUGAGCAGCUUAUUGCAAACUGACAAGAUGGGUACAAAGGAGACGCAAAAUCCAGAGGAGAAGCAGGUAAUAAAGGGGAACAACCAAAGGACCUUUUUACAGCCAGAGGGCCAGGGCCUUUCAGCCCCAGGAGAGGAGUCUGCUCUUGAUGAACUGUUGGAUAAAGCAGAAGACGAAGGGAAGGCAGGGGAGCAGCCGCAGCAGCCACAGCCAGUUUCUCUGGGACUCUCCAGGGCCAGAGAGAAGAAGCUGGGCUACACCAAAUCCAUGGUGCUGCCAGAGACCCGAGGGCCCAAGGGAAAUCAUCGCAGGAACCUUUCCCAACACAGUUGUGAGGCCUGGCUAGGGGAAUGCCCAGAGUCCACACCUGCCAAUGGUUCCCCUUCACACAGCCCUGAUCUCCUGCAUGUGGUGGAGAAAUCUGGACAGCUGAACAAAACCAAGAUUGCAGAAGGAGGACGGAAACUCAGAAAGUGCUGGGCAUCCUCAUGGCUGGUGUUGGCUGGGAACAGCCUCAUGUUCUACAAGGAUCCCAAAGUAGCAGCUGCAUGGACUCCAUCUGGUAGCCGACCAGAAAGCAGUGUGGAUUUACGUGGUGCUCGAAUUGACUGGGCCAGAGACUUGUCCAGCAAGAGGAAUGUUAUCCAUUUCCGCACCGUGACUGGCAAUGAGUAUCUCUUGCAGUCAGACAGUGAGGCUGUCAGCCAAGAGUGGUACCAAGCUAUCAAAGGGGUCAUCCGCAGGCUGGAUGAAGAGAACCCUUUGGAGGAGCCACUCUUCUAUCCACUCUCCAGAUCAAACAGUGCUGAUCUUGUAGACCUCAGUGCUGAGGAGGAAGAGGAGCCAGGGCUCCCAAAGGCACCUGCUAGUCCUGACAGAGCCUACAAAAAACGGGUCAAGAGCAAGCUGAGACGGUUCAUUGCCAAGCGGCCACCACUGCGGAGCCUGCAGGAAAAAGGACUGAUCCGAGACCAGGUCUUUGGCUGCCGGCUAGAAGCCCUAUGCCAACGAGAAGGCGGUACAGUCCCACGUUUUGUCCAGCAGUGUGUGGAAGCUGUGGAACAGAGAGGUCUGGAUGUAGAUGGGAUCUACAGGGUCAGUGGAAACCUGGCCAUUAUUCAGAAAUUGAGAUUCAUAGUUGAUCGUGAGCGAGCAGUGACAUCAGAUGGGCGCUAUGUCUUCCCGGAGCAACGUUGCCAAGAGGAAAAGCUGCAGCUGAGUGACCCACAGUGGGAUGAUGUACAUGUGCUAACAGGGGCCCUCAAGCUGUUUUUCCGGGAGCUGCCUGAACCCUUGGUGCCAUACAGCCUCUUUGAUGAAUUUGUGGCUUCUGUCAAGUUGCCUGACCCCAAGGAUAAAGUAUCAAAGCUGGUGGGCCUGAUCCAGAGUCUCCCACAACCAAACCGAGAUACGCUGCGCUACAUCCUGGAGCAUCUUCGCAAGGUGAUGGAGCACUCAGAUGUCAACCGGAUGACAACACAGAACAUUGGCAUUGUCUUUGGACCCACACUGCUGCGACAUGAGCGAGACACGGUCAGCUUGGUGGAAGGCAUGGUGUACCAGAACCAGGUGGUGGAGUUGCUCCUCAUGGAAUUCUCUAACAUCUUCUUGGCUCCAGGGGCUGAAUGACCUUGCUGGUACCUCUCUCAGGUGUUGAUGGUUUUACCCUAAAGGGCCAAUGGGUCUCAGAUAAUCUCAUCCUGGAGCAAGCACAGGAUCUGUGUAGCUCCGCUUGGGCUACAGUUCUGCUUGGGCUAUGGUGGCUUGAGCCUCUGCAGGAUCAUCCUUUAGGAUCUUUAGGAUGAGUCAAGUUUAGAAGCUGGUUCUGGCCAGUGAAGAAUUUCCCCCAAAAAACUUUGCAGUACAUGGCCUAUUUGAAACUUCCCAAGUGUAUCUGAAGCAAAACGAAGAGGAGACAUGACAGACAAUGCUUGAGCCUGGGCCUAUAGGGUGGCUUAGGUGUGGAUUCCAGCUAACAGAAGUCUGUGGAGAAUAGGAGGCUACCUAUUAACUCUUUUCCUCCAGUACCUUCCAUCAUCCCUCAGUUGUGCUGCGUUCUGUCCUCCCUUUUCUUGAGCUGGCCAUUAAGUUAUUUCCGUAUGACCUCAUAUGCACCCUUGAAGCAUCAGACUCCUUUGCUCUGUCUUUAUACCAUUCACCACUAGUGUACCUAUUCUGGGAACGGGCGGAAUGGAAGUGCUGUUUUCUAGGACAGGACAGGACAAUAGAUCAUUUAGAGUUCUAUACUAACCAAUUUUCUUUUCUUACUUGCAACAAAAAUUGACAUUCUAAGAAGCUUCUAAGAAGUGAGAUUUAAAAAAGGCAUGCACACCCUAGAAACUUUUAGUCAAAACCUUGGGUUUUAAAAAAGCUUUAAAAACAACAAUAGGAAUGGACUUCUGGUCACUUUGCUGGGCAUAGGUUUAUUGGGCCUGCAGGGAAGUGGAGCUGGCUUGUUGGUCCACUGAAGUUGCACUUCCCUAGGAGGUAUUCAUUCAUUCAUUUCUCUAAGCCAGGGGUGAGAAAGUUCAUCCACGUCAGACCUCUGAACCCAUUUUGAAGACCUCAAACCCUCCUCCCAUUUAUUUUUCAGGCAAAAAAAGAAGAUCAGUAGCUACAAUAGGGGUCCCAUAAGAGUAACAGGGUUGUUUAAAGUACUCCCAUCUUCUGAAGAACCAAGCAACUUAACUGGAAAUUCCUUCCAAUUGCAGUUUACGGCUGACUUAUGACUGUAAAAGAGACGGCAUGCCCAAAUUUGCCCCUGCUGCAAUUGUCCAGUGUUCUGAGGGUGCUUCCAGAUGAGGCUUUUAUUGCAAAGUCUCCCUGCCUUUAUCAUUCACGGAAUUUUAUCCUGGGGAUCUAGACAAUAAUAUCUUUUACAUAUAGCCUUGUUGUGUUUCCCACUCCUUAAUACUUACCCAUCUUUUCAGGACAGUAUAGCUGCGCAGUGCUUUUCAAUUGUUAGCUUUUUGAUAGGAACUGUCUGGGAGCAUCUUCGAAAAAGCAAGACUGGUUUGAAACUACCAGGGUGACUUUUAGAGGACUUGGGAACUAUGGCCAGAAUUCUGUAUUGCAGUCUUCAUUGCGUAACUUUAUGCAUACAUAGCAAAAUAGCAGAGAAACCCUAUUGGUGAAUUGUGAAGAUGUGUAAUGGGAUGCUGGCAGGAGUGCCUCAGUGCGCAUCAGUGCUCCCUAACUGAUGUCCUAUUGCAUACUGGUCGCUUUGCCAUCUCCCCCAUGUAGUAACAUUGCACCAGGCCCUUACUGAACAUGGACUUUGUGAAACGGUGCAAUUCUGUUUCCCACAGUCAUAAGUCUACUUACGAAGAUGCACAAGUCCUUAAGUGAAUUCUUCCCUAUGUUUUUUGUUAUGCAAGUACUGACUGAAUGUUUUAGUGUGGGAAAUACCUAGUCAUCGUCAAAGAGCCACAGUUCUCCCAGUUCCUCAGUUUGGCACUGUGGUAUUUGUAACUGUCUUGAAAGCUGGUUUAAACAUGGAUCAUGUCCUCUGUUGUGGCUCUUUGAACCCUUUGAGCCAUAGCUUAUUACGGCAUACAGUUCCUUUACACUGUUACCUUGUCUUUCUCAGUGACUUGCAGUAGUUGACAAAGGGAAACACACAAUAAAGAACUAUU